CAGGGAGAGGUGAAAGGUUAACGCAUGGGUUUGGAUGAUCAAGCGGGCUGCGGACGACUGAAGCGCGUUAGCUUUUGUCCGUACUCGUGCGUUUUGCGGGGGAUUGGUUUGCCGAUAUUCCACCUAACGCGCACGUAAGGUAGCGAAGUUCGUUAUUUAACGCACUUCGGUCGUUUUUAGGCUGAUAAUCGGUGUCUGUUAACCCUCGGAUAAGUUCGACGGCUAGGCUAACGCAAAGUUUUCGCGGCUGUUCGGAUUGACGUCUGAUCGCGCAUGUUGGACAACACUAAUCGGUUAAUAUAAAACGAAACGCGUUACGUCGUCGUGCUGCAUCUCUUUGAAGUGUGUAUUCGGUGUAAUGGCCGAGAGACCGGAGGACCUCAAUCUUCCCAAUGCUGUCAUCACACGGAUUAUAAAGGAGGCGUUGCCAGACGGAGUUAACGUCUCCAAGGAGGCAAGAAGAGCAAUAUCUCAAGCAGCCAGCGUUUUUGUUCUCUAUGCAACAUCUUGCGCAAACAAUUUCGCUAUGAAAGCAAAGAGGAAGACGCUGAAUGCUGGAGAUGUGAUGUCCGCUAUGGAGGAGAUGGAGUUCGAGCGGUUUUUGCAGCCCUUGCGGGAAGCACUUGAAGCAUACAAAAAAGGUCAGAAAGGCAAGAAGGAGGCAUCGGAGCAAAAGCGUAAGGACAGGGAGAAGAAGAACAGCACAGAUGAGAACGACAAAAGUAGAGAUGACGAGGAAGACGAGCACAUGGAUGAUGAGCAGGAGGGAGAGAAUGAAGGAGAGGAAGAGGAUGUGGAGAACUGAGAGAGAUCAGGAUGUUUGUUUGGUCCGUCCUGGUUUCUAUCAGCCAUGGCAAUACUUCCCACAUUAAUGGUGGGAUAAGGACAAGCCUAUGGUACUGAAAAAUUUUUCACUUUAGGGAAAAAAAAAAAAAAAUCCUGUGGAGCGCAUUUCAACAAAUUGCACAGUCUCUUCAAAUUCAACUUAAAUCAGAUAUAAACACAGUAAUGCCCAGUUAAGCAAAUUUAUGGUCAUAAAAUGGGCGUGUUGACUUGUGAUGAGGAAUAAAAGGUGAGCGCUGCUUGAUGUCAAACACUUUGUAAACAAGGUUUCUGUUGUGAAACUUAAGCCAGUUUUUUCCCAGGGCAACACCACAUAGCCAAGCUUAAUACUUUUGUACCAAGUUUUUGUAUUAAUAAAUUGUAACUUUAAAAA